GAUGUCGGCUGCGGGCCGGACGGAGCCCUUGGGUCCUCCCAGCAGCUUUGCGAAGCGGCUCCUGGUGACCGGGGGUGCUGGUUUCAUCUGGACAUUCAUUUAUUCAGCGGGCUAUAAAACAACGACGGCAACACCUCCACACCCUCUCUUGGUGCUUUGAGCUGGACGAGUUGAGCGAUGCCUCCUGCCCUCCCACACCCACAUGCAAUCAGUGAGUCCUCGUUCACUGCUUCCCACGCGACCACUUCUCGCCCCUUCCCCCUCCCAUCCUAGUCCACGUUACUGGCUUCUGCCUGGAUUGCGACUGUAGCUUUCUGAUUGGUCCUACUGCUACCCCCCUUGUUGGCUAAAAGUCUGUUCUGCACACAGAAGUCAGUUUUUAUUAAGUAGAUAAGUGCACAAAGUUUUACCCCAGUUUUACCCACGAAGUUUUACCCCAGCCUGUCAAAUUUAGAAUAAAAUCCAAACUCUUUUGCAUAUCUAGAAGACUCAAGUGCCCAGGGGCCUGAUCUUCCAACCUGAUCUGCCAUUCUGCCUCUUUGUUUUUCUGUACCUGCUGCACUUAACCUUUUUGGAGUUUCUGGAACGCAUGAGGCUCAUUCCUCCUGUCCGAGGCCUUUGCACUUGCUUCCCUUCGGUUAGAGCGCUUGCAUCACUCAUUUCCGAUGGUUGCUUAGACAUCACCUCCUGGGACAGGCAUUACCUAGCCAUCCUAUCUAAAAGCGCCCCAUUCCCAACUAACACACUAACCACUAUCUGAAGUCCUGAAGUUAUUUUGUGUAUUAAUGUUUACUGGCUUUUUGCCUGCAUCCCUGCUCUAGAAUGUAAACUGGAUGAGGGCAGAGACUACUGUUCCCUCAGCAUCUGUAAGAAUGCCUGGCUUGUUCUACAAAGGUCUUCGGUAGUUAUUGAAUGGAUGAAUGCACAGGUACCAACAGUAAACUCCCAAUGUCUAGAGGAAGAGAACAUGGGAACAUGGGAAUCACGUCCCCCAUUGGCACAUUAAGUCACCUCUUUAAAUCUGACAAUAACUUGGAGGAGGGUACCAGGCAGGCAGGGUUUAUCUAAUGAGAAGAGGGGCAUGGCCAUAAAAGGGUGGUACUUGUGUGAGAAUGCUGGUCCCAGAAGGGCAGUUUCUAGAAAAUGCUGUGAAAGGGCUGUCAAGUACAAACUCUGAGUUCAUAAUUUGGUCAAGGGCUGCUCUUAUUCCUGGGAGCCGAAUGUUUUGGUGUCUAUGAGGAAAUCUGGUGGACCAUCUCAUUGAGAGAUGCCUCUGGUUCCACUCCUGGUCCUGGGAAAACCAGGAGCCAAUAUGGUUACCCAAUUCAGGAUGGCCUCAGCCAUUAUUAGCUUGGAAACCUUGGUUUAAUCUAGAACCUCCCUGAAUGUUCUAGUUUACACCACCAAAUACUUGCACCAGGAGAUAGUAAUUGCAGUAGGGUUACUGUGAACAUAACAACUGUGCUCAUACUAACUGAAGUUUUGCACAGUUAUACCCACGGUCUCUUUAAAGGUAUGUUAUAGUUUCAGUCUGUCUGUACUGACCACCACCCAUUGUACUUAUCAUCCUGCUUCACUCCCACACUCAAAGCACGUGGACACAAAUUGUUUGGUUAAACAAUUUUUUUCCCUUAUACCCAGGAUCAGUAAAUUCUCUUUUCUCCACAGUGCCAAAGGAUAUUGAUAUAUCAAUACCGAUUAUUGAUCCUGUUGAGAAAGUUAGUGAAAAGUGGUGGGGGUGGAGGAGGGAGUGUAUUCAGUGUACUUAAUGUUAUUUCUGUUAUUUUGCAGAAACUUAAAGAUAUCUCUGAAUAGUUUCUAAUACUCGACAGGUUAAGGUAACAUUUAGGAAAUGUGAAGAAUUUAGGGAAAAGGUUACAUCUUCUACUAACAAAAUAUACUUUUUUUUUUUUAAAGCGCAUCACAUAUGAUCGUUUCUUUAGUAGAAGACUAUCCAAACUAUAUGAUCAUAAAUCUAGAUAAGCUGGAUUACUGUGCAAGCUUGAAGAAUCUUGAAACCAUUUCUAACAAACAAAACUACAAAUUUAUACAGGGUGACAUAUGUAAUUCUCACUUUGUGAAAUUGCUUUUUGAAACAGAAAAAAUAGAUAUAGUACUACAUUUUGCUGCACAAACACAUGUAGAUCUUUCAUUUGUACGUGCCUUUGAGUUUACGUACGUUAAUGUCUAUGGCACUCAUGUUUUGGUGAGUGCUGCCCACGAAGCCAGAGUGGAGAAGUUCAUUUACGUGAGCACAGAUGAAGUGUACGGAGGCAGUCUCGAUAAGGAAUUUGAUGAAUCUUCACCCAAACAACCUACAAAUCCUUAUGCAUCAUCUAAAGCAGCUGCUGAGUGUUUUGUACAGUCGUACUGGGAACGAUAUAAGUUUCCAGCUGUCAUCACGCGAAGCAGUAAUGUUUACGGACCACAUCAGUAUCCAGAAAAGGUUAUUCCAAAAUUUAUAUCUUUACUACAACACAACAGGAAAUGCUGCAUUCAUGGAUCAGGGCUUCAAACAAGAAAUUUCCUUUAUGCAACUGAUGUAGUAGAAGCAUUUCUCACUGUCCUCAAGAAAGGGAAACCAGGUGAAAUUUAUAACAUCGGAACCAAUUUUGAAAUGUCAGUGCUCCAGCUUGCCAAAGAACUAAUACAACUGAUCAAAGAGACCAGUUCAGAGUCCGAAAUGGAAAGCUGGGUGGAUUAUGUGAAUGAUAGACCUACCAACGACAUGAGAUAUCCAAUGAAGUCAGAAAAAAUACAUGGCUUAGGAUGGAGACCCAAAGUGCCUUGGAAAGAAGGAAUAAAGAAAACAAUCGACUGGUACAGAGAGAAUUUUCACAACUGGAAGAAUGCAGAAAAGGCAUUAGAACCCUUUCCAGUAUAAACACCAUUUGUAUAGAAAGGACAGUUUUCAGAGAAAGAAGAAAAUUACUCUACCUCGACAAAUGAUAUGAAAUCAAGUGACUGAUGAAGUGUCUUCUUCAUAUGGAAUUGAUUCGUGACUGUUUGUAUAAAAUUCAAAUGCAAAAUGCCUCAAUCUUCAGGAUAGUUUUAGUAUUGCCAUAGGAUUUAAGUAUCAAGGUUCUUUCAGAAACCUUUUCUCCUGAAAGUUUGGAACCAGGAGGCCUAGGAAGGCUUCUCUAUAGAAGGGAGGCCAGGAAGGAGGGAUCUCCCGGUUCUGAGAACCAGGAUGGGGAACAGCUCUGUGCAGGUGACAGCCUUGACUGGACUGAACUCAGCUUCCCAGCCUUUCCCACUGCCCAGAAAGUCUCAAGUUUUCAUUCUUAGGCAAUAUAGGAUGGGGCAUAUGCCCUCAUUCAUCUUUUUUUAAAUAUCUGAUGUGCUAUAAUUGUUUUAAAAUGGGAACAAUGGAAGCAUAUUUAGCACUUUUUAUCUUUUGGUAAUUUUGUAAAAUUAAGUUAAAUGUUUUUUAAAAGAAGGAUGUAGUUUUUAUAUUUUCAAAGUCAGUUGUACUAUAUAUAAGUAACUGCAUAUGAGAGUAAUGUUAUCAUGUAUUUACCAUUUAAAAUGAUUUUAUUUAUAAAAUAUCAAUAUUUUAAUGUAUUCAAUGUAGAAUGUGGCUUUAUUUUUAGUAAGGUAUGUUUUUAUUUUGCUGUAGAAAAAAUUUUAUAUUACUUGAUUAAAUAUUUUUAAUUCCUCUGUCUCCUAAAGACUUUAAGACAACUUGAAAAAGCAACUGACUGGAUAUUACACUGAGAAAGGGAAAGGAGUCCAAGAUUGUGCCCAGCUUUCUGGCUUCCAUGCAUGAGUGAUGGCUUGUUUCCUCUAUGGAGUGGGUAACAAGGUCAUUAACUUGGAGGUGGCUAAAGGAGGGGGAUAAGACUGGAGAAGGGCCUUGAGGAGGUAGAGAUUGAGAAAAGAACAAGCAAAUCCAAAGUUAGUAAGAGGAUUUGCCAAACAAGAAUGAAGCACAAACUGAAUUGAACAUUGUAAUUCCAGAAUUCCAAGAAGUGUCAAAAUAGAUUGAUCCAGAGGUGGGCAGAGUUGGGAGUCAGGAGGGGCAGACGGAGCAGAGGCCUGAGAGAGUGACCAAAGUGAUGCCCACUGCUCCUAGUUGUGUAGGAAAGAAUGUGCCUCUUGGGGGUGGCCAGGAGCUAGAGGAAAUGGAGCAGGGGAACGGGCACAAGGGUGUGGAGGUGAGAGCGUGGAGAGACAAGGAAGUUAUAGGCCGAAAAUGGGACCCGCUGAAAGCAAAUGGUCUUUGGUGAAAUUUGGUCAUUGAGGUAGAUGACAAAAUAAAAAACGUUUUUUCUGUGCCGUUUGUUUUUGCACA